GUCGUAUCACCGGUACACUGCUUGUGCAACUUCCGUUAACUUAGUUACACGCAUUAGAUCUAUAACUCCAAAGAUGUUAGACUUUUUCUCGAUUUUCAGUAAAGGGGGUAUUGUAUUGUGGUAUUUUCAAGGAACAUCUCAACUUUUUACACCAUCAAUCAAUGCCUUGAUCAAAAGUGUGAUCCUACAGGAGAGAUCAGGGAACAACUCCUUUACACAUGAUGCACUUACUCUCAAGUACAAACUUGACAAUGAAUUUGAGCUGGUCUUUGUGGUUGGUUACCAGAAAAUAUUACAGCUAUCAUACAUUGAUAAAUUCCUGACUGACAUUCAGCUUGAAUUCAGAAACCGAUACAAAAAUGUUCUACAGAACAAGGCGAAUGUUCUUGUGUAUGGGUAUGAUUUUGAUGAGACCUUCAAUAAGAUGUUGAAGAGUUGUGAGGAGGAGAGUCGAAGGGAAGCCCAGGCUGGAAGGAAAAUGAGAACAUUUGGGGAAUCAGAGAAAUCAAAGAAGACUGUGGAUUCCAUGAUUGUAAACAAAAAGGAAGAUAAGAAAGGCAAAGGAAAGGAAAACAAACCCAUCAAAAAUGUGGGAGCUAAGGAACCAGCACCACCAAUGGAAGUUCCUACUAAACCCCAGCCAGACCCUGCAGUCAAUGGAGAUGGUCUGGAUGAAGAAACUAUAAGAAGAAACAGGGAGAAGAUGUUUGCCUCCAUGAGUGGAAAGAAGAAAACCAGCAGCCCAGUAGCUAAGAAGCCAGAACCACCAAAGAAGAAAGGCAAACAGGCUACCAAGUGGGAUCUGAAUGGUACUGCAAAAGACAUGUCAAGUCUGGAUUUCUCAUCUAAAUUGGAGGGAGGAAAAGAGGCAGCCAUUAAUGCACAGAAUGAAAUGCCAUCAAUGGAGGAGAGGGCUUGUGUUGGUAAGAUGAAGGGAGGACUGGAAGAUAUUCUGACAAAUUAUGAAGAGGAGGAGGAUGAUUAUGAAGAAACUCCAUCCAAGACAAGCAGUUCUUCUGGGUCAUCAGGGGGAGGAAUGUUCAGCAUGUUCAAGAAUCUUGUUGGUUCUAAAGCCCUCACUUCGGAGGAUCUUCAGCCUGCCCUGGAUAAAAUGAAAGAUCAUCUUAUUGCUAAGAAUGUUGCUGGAGAUAUUGCUGUGAAGCUGUGUGAUUCUGUUGGUGCCAAACUGGAGGGCAAAGUUCUGGGAACUUUCACAACCAUUGCAAACACUGUGAAGAAGACUCUGGAGGAAGCCUGCGUCCAACUCUUGGUUCCGAAGAGGAGAAUAGACAUUCUGAGAGAUGCUAUGGAAGCCAAGCAGAAAAAUCGUCCCUUUGUCAUCACUUUUUGUGGUGUAAAUGGUGUUGGAAAAUCUACAAAUCUGGCCAAGAUCUGUUUCUGGUUGGUGGAGAAUGGUUUCCGUGUGUUGAUAGCAGCCUGUGACACUUUCAGAGCUGGAGCGGUGGAACAACUGAGAACACACACCCGGAAACUGAAUGCCCUCCAUCCCCCAGAAGCUCACAAUGGACAGACCAUGGUUCAUCUGUAUGAAAAGGGCUAUGGAAAAGAUGCUGCUGGCAUUGCCCUGGAAGCCAUUAACUAUGCUAGGGACUGCAGACAUGAUGUUGUGUUGGUCGAUACUGCAGGCAGAAUGCAGGAUAAUGAGCCCCUUAUGAAGGCUUUGUCCAAGCUGAUAAAGGUGAACCAGCCGGAUCUGGUUUUAUUUGUGGGGGAGGCCCUGGUUGGAAAUGAGGCUGUGGAUCAGCUAACUAAGUUCAAUCAGGCCCUGGCAGAUCACUCUAACAUGACAAACCCCCGACUGAUUGAUGGAAUCAUCCUCACCAAGUUUGACACCAUUGAUGACAAGGUUGGGGCUGCCAUCUCUAUGACAUACAUUACGGGUCAGCCAAUUGUGUUCGUUGGCACGGGACAGACUUACACAGACCUGCGCAACCUUAAUGCCAAAGCUGUAGUAAAUGCUCUCCUGAAGGCCUAAUGUUCUGAUAUUGACAAAAUGAAGAUUUUUUUUGUCUGACUGGUGUAGAAAAGCAUACUAAAUGUACUUGAUGUGAAAGUCAUAAUAUUUUCCUUAAAAAUUUCUCAACAUUCCUUUCAAAUAGCAAACAUAAAUUACAUAUGAGAAAAAAAAUACUAACUGUAGAUGCCAAAGAGAUUUUGCAAAUUUAUUUAAGGUAGUAGUGAUCAUUUUCAUGCAUUUUCUAAUUACCUUGUAUCUUGAUCUGGUUAUGUAUUUUUUCUGUCAUUCUAUCAUCAUAAAUGUGAGAUUUAUACAUAUCAUAACUUUUUGUGCCCUGACAUUCAUUUUUUAAAUCAAAAUCUUUUAAAAAAAGACUCACUUGCCAAUGCAUUUCAUCAUCACUGAUAUUAUUCUCUAGUCAAAGAUUGUAUGUAUAUUUGGUAUUUUUUGUGUAUUUCUCGUGCCUUUACACAUUAUCUUGUUCCCACUGUGAUGGAUGAAAUGGAUACUUUGUAGGAGUUAUCUCCCUUCUGUUGUUUAUACUGUUAACUAUUUAUGUUUAGUUCAUGGAUAAUGUGGUUGUGGAGAGAAAGUUGUAAAAAAUUAAAUAUUUAACUUCAAAA